UCUUGGUGUAACAGAAGAGAGGUGGGUUGGAGAUUUGCUGAAUUGGCGUGAAGAAAUCGGGACCCGCUGAAGAAGUCUUCGGGAAAACAACGGUUUCUCGAUUGCUGGGAUUGAAAGAAUGUACUUCAAAGAACUCGAAUCUCGAUGAAUACAAAAAGAAUCUCUUCUCUACCGUGUAGAAGCUGAAGAAGCGAACUCAAACACCUCUUCCUUUUGGCAGGCAUUGGUCCAAAUUCCUUGGAAGCGACAGCCAAUGUGGUAAAACCCAGCCAGUCAUCUCUCGCCACGGUAGGGCACCAAACAAUUUUUUUUUUUCGCAGAUCGCUUGGCGCUCAAGCAAGGUACUAUACUAAAUAAACUUGCUCACAUUAUUCCCUCAAAGGAAAUCUCUUAAAUCAUUUUUCCAUGGCGCCAAUGUGGCUAUGGACGAUCGCGGCGUUAUGCGUAGCUCUGGUGUGGAAGGCGGUGACGAAGCCCUUGCUCAAGCCCUGGAUCCUCGAGGCCAAGCUGCGGCGGCAGGGUAUUCGGGGCCCGCCCAGGUCGAUUCUCUCUGGAAAUGUCAAGCACAUAUUUGACAUCCGGACUCGCGUCGAGGCCAAAUGCAUCGAAGGGCCGAUCACCCACGAUAUCAUGGAGUAUGUCCAGCCACACCACCUCCAGUGGGCUAAACUCUAUGGACAACCAUUGCGGUGGUGGUGGGGAAGCGAGCCUGGCGUUGUUCUUACGGACCUCGACAUGAUCAAAGAGGUGCUCUACAACAAGGCUGGAGCGUUUUGGAACUCCAACUGGCAGCGUCAGCUCCAGAUCGAUCUCCUGGGCCGAGGCAUGGCCGUCGUGAAUGGAGACGAGUGGGCGUUGAGGCGUCGCAUCCUCGCACCGGCCUUUCACGCCGACAAGAUCAAGCUCAUGGUCGGCGGCAUGCGAGAUUGCGUAGCAGACAUGCUGGCGAAAUGGAAUGCUCUCACAGAAGGCAAAGAAGAGCCCAUCGAACUGGAAGUUUGCAAGGAGCUCAUUACACUAACGUCGGACAUUAUCUCUCGAGCGGCAUUUGGCAGCAGCUACAAGCAGGGCCACAGAGUUUUCGAGCUGCUGGAUCAAGUGGGCGAGCUCGUCUACCGCAAAUUUUCAUCGCUAUGGAUACAGAGCAAGCUUCCAUUCUCCAAGAUCAACCGCGAUAUCAAAGCCGUCAAUGCCGAGGUGCGCUCGACACUGGAAGAGAUUGUCCAAGUCCGGAAGGAUCAAACGGCGGCGGGAGAGAUCGAGGGCUAUGGAAGUGAUCUCCUCGGAGUGAUGCUCAAGGAAGUCGACGCGGAGCACUAUGAUGCAAAGACCGGGCUCUCCUUCACCAUUGACGGCUUGAUGGAGGAAUGCAAGACGUUCUACAUCGCGGGACAGGAGACCUCGGCUAAGUGGCUGGCAUGGACGAUGAUGCUCCUCGCCAUAAAUCCAUCCUGGCAGGAGCGAGCCCGAGAAGAAGUCCGCCAAGUCUGCCAGUCCCAAGCACCAGAUGCCGAGAGCUUAAGCAAGCUAAAGAUCGUCGGGAUGGUGCUCAACGAGAGCUUGCGAUUGUAUUCUCCUGCCGUUGCCAUCGUCCGGAGCUGCUUCAAAGAUGCCAAGCUUGGGCAUUUGUCAUUCCCGGAAGGGAGCGGAGUGAUCAUCCCCAUUCUCUACCUCCUCCACGACAAGGACAUCUGGGGCGACGACGCCAACGAGUUUAGACCCGAGCGCUUUGCGGACGGCAUCUCCAGCGCCUCCAAGACACAGCACCUCUUCGCAUUUCUCCCAUUCUCCCAAGGCCAGCGCGUGUGCCUGGGCCAAUCCUUCGCCCACACCGAAGCCAAGAUCGCCGUCGCCAUGAUCUUACAGAGAUUUAGCUUCCAGCUAUCGCCCAAUUACCGGCACAGCCCCGUACACCGGAUCGCGCUCCAGCCGCUGCACGGCAUGCCCUUGCUUCUCCAAAGACUAGAUGAUUGACCUAAACCGAGAAAAAAUAUGUGUCAGAGUUUAACCGUAUUUUUCAAAGGACAUAGUAAGUCAAUAUUGUGAAGGGAAA